GUACUGCUCUGCACGCCGAAAAACUCAGCUGUCGCAACAACGCCACUUUGUUAAAUACACCUUGCUCUACUCCAUGUGCUCGAUUUAAUAAAAUUGCCGAAAAGAAAUUAUCUAGAAGAUCAAAUUUUUAGUUCUGAAAAUGCGCUUGGUUAUAUUGUACGGAAGUCAAACAGGUACUGCUCAAAAUGUGGCUGAACAGAUUUGGCGGGAAGCAAAAACGUGGUGCUUUAAUGGACCAGUUCUACCGAUGGAUGAGUAUCCAGUGCAGCACUUAAUCGAGGAACAAUUGGCUAUUUUUGUCGUAGCCACCACAGGUAAUGGGGAUGAACCAGACAAUAUGCAGAAAACGUGGAAAUUUUUAUUGCGUCGCAGCUUACCAUCAGACUCGUUGCAACGGUUGCGGUUUGCCUGUUUGGGAUUAGGGGAUUCUAGCUAUGCUAAGUUUAAUUUUGCUGCUAAAAAGCUGAACAAACGUCUAGUACAAUUGGGUGCAAGUCCCGUACUGCCUUUAGGAUUGUGUGAUGACCAGCAUGACCAUGGACCUAGUGCGACGGCUUUACCGUGGAUAGCAGAAUUAUGGAAUGAAUUGAGGAAGUCUAUACCUUUCCAACGACAAAAAAAUGGAGAAGCAAAGGCAAUUUUUAAAUGGAAUGUAACAUACUCUCAUCCGACAACGCCUUUAGCAGAAAUUUCUCAUCUGCAAUGGCCACUAAAGAGUGAGGCUGUAUGUUUUACUUUGGGGGAAAAUCGACGAACUACUGCCGCAGAUCACUUUCAAGAUGUACGAUUUUUGAGAUUUGUCUUUCCAUCUAUUAUUGGUUGGAAUGCCGGCGAUAUCUUAGAUUUACGUCCCAGCAAUGCAGACGAGCAAGUUCUGCAGUUCUUCGAACUAGUUAAAGAACAUAAUUUAGGUUUUAAUGAAAGUACCGUAGUAAAACUUGACACGGUAUAUGAUGAUAUGCCUGUGCCAUUGGCUUACGCAAAACCAGUGACCGUUGGCAUGCUAGCGAAGUAUAUAUGGGAUUUGAGCGCCUGUCCAAGGCAACGUGCUUUUGAACUUCUAUCAUUGAAUUGCGAAGAUGAAUUAGAGAAAGAGAAACUAGAAGAAUUCGCCUCAUUAGAGGGAUUAGAUGACUUAAUAAACUAUGUGAAUCGUCCACGGCGCACCAUUCUCGAGGUUUUGCAGGACUUCCGGCAUAGCACCUCGAAACUUAACCUUCCCAUUUUAUUUGAAUUAUUUACCAUAAUACAACCGCGAAGUUUUUCCAUUGCUUCAAUGCCUACAACUCGUUCACUAGAUCUUCUGGUGGCAGUAGUUGAGUAUAAAACCAAAAUGUCUAAGCCUCGUCUUGGGCUUUGUUCUAAUUGGUUGAAGUCGCUGAGCAUUGGAAGUAAAGUAUAUGGGGUAAUAAAACGUGGAACAAUGUCUUUGCCUAGCGAGCUGGCAACGCCCAUUGUGAUGAUAGGGCCAGGUACCGGUAUCGCACCUUUUCGGAGUAUAAUACAGUACAAGAAGGAACAAGAAAAAAAUGGCGGCAAAAUCUGCGAAUUAAUUGUAUUCUUUGGUUGUCGAAAUAAAGCGAAGGAUUAUCACUUUGCUGAAGAUUUUACACGUUGGCACGCGGAGAAGACUUGUAGAAUAUUUGUAGCAUUUUCACGUGAUCAGGACCAUAAAAUAUAUGUUCAACAUUUAAUAAAACAGCAGAAAGAGCUAAUCAGUGAAUUAAUUUUGAAAAAAUCUGCCGUUAUAAUGGUGGCUGGAUCAUCGAAUAGUAUGCCCAAAGCAGUGCAUGAGGCUUUCAUAGAGGUAUUGGACGGGAAUGAGGAAUAUCUGGAUAAAAUGAUCAAAGGACGAAGAUAUCAAGAGGAGACUUGGUCAUAAAUGCAUACAUAAUAAAAUGGUUGGGCAAAUGUUGCCAUUCAAAUGUUGGCUAUAAUUUGAGCAUUUGUAACAGAGCGGCAACAGCUCUUCGGGAUCAUUAAAUCCAC